CGCUGCAACGCUCCAGUCGCAUUCUUACGGACCGCUCUGCGCAGGUGUCUUUUGGAGUGGCCCCCCCCCCCCUCUCUCUCUCUCUCUCUUCUUGCUUCAUUGUCGUUGAAACAUCUACUUCUCUUGACUGGAUUCAAGACAACGGAUGACAUAACGCAAUAAUUAAGGAUUAUUUUUCGCCGUUCGAAACAGCUCCAGGUGGAUCAAGAUGAAGAAGUAAGCGAGGAGAAUCAAAACCGGUCUUGUGCGCAGCCAGUUUUGCUGAUCUACCCAAAAUAAUAGCAAAAAAAAAAAAAGAAACAGAAAUAGUCUAUCACGAUGCGUCUCCUAAUGACCGCAUGGAGCGUGAUUGUGAUGGUCGCGCUCCACUCUCCGAGUUGGAUCCCCGGCGCUUUGGCCCAGUCCAACUACGCCGAGCGUGGUGUCGACAUUGAGUACCAAGGCAAUGGCAUACCACUGGAGGCCACGUUGGACGGUGUUGUCACGAAAUUGGACGAUCUCACCCACGUCAUCCGCACCAACAGGUCAGCGGCCAGCUUGAGCUGCGCUUCGCGAGCCAUGGAAGUCGAUUUGGAAUUCUCUGAGCCUUUUUACGGCAUUGUUUAUUCGAAUUUCGACCGGCGGAGCGCUUGCUCUUUCGUCGGCAAAGGAGGCACCAAAUAUCAUUACGAAUUCCCGCUUUCCGGAUGCGGAACCAUCCAGGACCCGACACGCGUUUUCACCAACAAUAUUCUCGUCCGCUUCCACCCAUCUUUGGAGUUGGAGGGUGACGAAGUUAAAACGAUUGUUUGCCGCUACCCGGAGCCGGUAGUGCCCCCACCACUUGGCCCGCCUCUGCCAAUUUCGGUGGCUAAUGUUCCGGCUACGGAUCCCGUGCCCAACCGGUUAGCCGAGCCGCAAAUCUUGAUGAUCAUCUGCGCUUUACUCUUCCUGGCCAUGAUGCUCUUCGGCGUCGCCUGCUCUUACUUCUGCCUGAAGCAGCGCAACAUCAGACUCAUCCGGCGCAGCAGGCUCAUUCCGUCAUCCGGACUGGGUUCAGAAAUUACCGGCAUUACGGAUCAAACGAUAUUCCCUCCGUUCGCUGGCCUUAAAAUCCCGCGAGCUCAUGCUUCCAGCUCCGGAUCCGAUCAGCAACCGAUCGUCGAAUCCAGCGACACGCUGCCCAGCGAUUAUCCAUCGGAAUCGCGCAGCGGGAGCGAAAUGGAAGAAGGCGGAGGUUGUUACCGCCGGGACAGCACAGUCAGUUCGAUUCAGCGUGAGGAAGUACCUCCGCUUCGCCGCCAGCCACCUGAUCCGGAUUUGUCCAGCGUCUACUCCGACGCUCACAAUCAAUACGACGACGACACAUUCCAAUUGCCGACGACGAUUCCUCGCGUCGAUCCCACUUUCGACGUCGCAUUCCGCGUUAAAGAACGCCAUCGCAGUCCGGCGCCGUCGUCGGUGACUUCGGAGGAGAGCCGAGCGCCCAGCGUGGCCAACAUCCUCACGGCCCAGGAGAGAGCCUUGACCACCAUCCUGGAACGCGAAGAAUGGCGCCAAUCGGAAAUUCAAACAGCUUCGUCGGCCACUUUGUUGGAAUCUCCGCCGUUAAACGCUCCAGCGGAUGCUUCAGAUGGCCCACCACCUGGCUACGCUCACGUCCAGCGCAAACCGCGGUACGUCAGCCCGGCACGAUCGCUGGAGAGCCAAGCCCGCUCUGUGGGCGAGAUGGUUCUGAAAUCGAGCCGGCCGUACGUGCCGAAACCGGAAGCGAGUUUCCGCGUGACGACCGAGAUCCCCGAACGGCACGAAACGGAACGCACCCUCGUCAUCAACGAAGACAUCCAAUUGCACACCAGCACCUUCCGUCAACUGAAGGAGGACGAAGAGACGGAAACGAUGAUCGUGCCCACUCCCGAACGUCCGGUUCCUCCCCCGAAACUCAGCACGCAAGAAGUCGACGAUUUGUACUUGCAGACCAUCACCGAAACGCGCAUCAUCGACGAGGAGGAGCGCAUCCGCCGCCAGAAGACGGAAUAUCUUCAACGUGCUAGGCCGGCUGCUUUGCCGCCCAAUUGGGACGUGGCCAUCCGCACUCAUCCACCUGCCCAGCCGCCGCCACGAUCGCCCAGCGACACCACCGUGUCCACCAUGCCGGAUUGGGACAUCAAGAUCCGGCAGUAUCCGCCCGUUUACGAGCCGCGCACUCCUAGCGAGUCGACCAAUUGGGACGGAAUGAGUCACAUGACUGAGCCACAACCCGCACCGGAAUUCGACGUCACCAUCCGUCAAUAUCCGCCUGUUUACGAGCCUCGCACUCCGAGUGAAUCCACCGUGUGGGACGUGAUGAGCCAAGUUGAUCCGCAACCGGUUCCUGAUUUUGACGUCAAGAUCCGCCAGUAUCCACCAGCUUACGAGCCGCGCACUCCGAGCGAGUCGACCAAUUGGGACGGAAUGAGCCACGUAGAGCCGCAACCUCCUCCAGAUUUCGAUGUGACCAUCCGCCAAUAUCCGCCCGUCUAUCAGCCCCGCACUCCUAGCGAAUCCACCGUCUGGGAUGGAAUGAGCCAAGCUGAUCCGCAACCGCCACCGGAUUGGGAUGUGACCAUCCGUCAAUAUCCGCCCGUCUACGAACCACGCAGCCCUAGCCAAUCCACCAACUGGGACGGAAUGAGCCAAGCCGAACCCAAUCCACCGACGGAACAGCCUCCGGAUUGGGACGUCAAGAUCCGUCAGUAUCCACCCAUCCAUUCUCCUCGCGUGCCGAGCGAGAGCACAGACUGGGAUCCUUCGGAGUACGCUCGAUCCAUCAGCGAACCUCCGCCUCCCAACUGGGACGUCCUGGUCCGUGUUUUGAAUCCACCCGUGCCCGAAUAUAUCACGGACGACGAUGAUGCAACCUCGAUUUUGACUAUUGAAGAUCGUCAGAAAUGGCAGCAGAUUAUCACGACGGAAUCGACGCUUCGAACAAUGCUGACGGAAGCUGUCGUCCGCGAAGAUUUCGAACGCAUCCGCCGCGACACCCGCUUCCAGCGCGUUUUCGAGCCCAAGAAAUGGGAUGUUAUUAUCCGCGUGUUAUCCGCUCCGAUUCAUCCGAACAGAGACGAUUCGAGCGACACUCGUUCCGAGACGACCGUCAACUCGGAGCCCAUCCGGCCGCACCGCCGAGAUCCGCGCAGCAGCCGCAGCAGUUCGUUAGCUCCCGUUCACGAAGCGGAGUUCAUCCGGAUGACUGCGUCUCACACAGUAACGAACCACGAAUUCCGGUACCAUCAGCGAGGCGAUCCGGAUGUGUGGAGCGAAGCUAGUGCCAAUACGCAUCGAUCGAGCGCGUAUCCGCGCAGCACGGCGGAUCGAUCGAUGCACAGCGAAAUGGUGGACCAUCUCGAUCGACGACCUCCGCACGAAUGGGACGGCUACUCGGAAGAUGGAACGAGCCGUCCGUCUUUGGCUCGCAGCACUUCCGAGUUCACGGAGAAUUGGCAACAGCGACUGCCUUACGAUCGCGUAUCGAACGCAAGCGAGAAUUUCUCCACGGCCUCCUCGUCCCGGCCGAAUAACCGAGCUGGACGGAGGCCAGUGCUUGAACGCUCGUCAACCGAAGUGAUGGAAGAUGUGCCACAAAGCGAAGCCGGAAGAGACAGAUCGAGCACGAACAGCAGCGAUUCGUCGCGUGAUUUCGCCCGCCGCGUCCCGUACGAACGCAUUUCUUCCAGCGAAUCGGAAUCCGGCGCCAGGGAAUAGGAAACAGUGGCCAUUGUUUUUUUUUUGGAAAAAGUAUAAAACACGAUUCUUCUUCUCUAAGGGGUUUUUACUUAUUAACUAUAGGCAAGUUUGGGCUCUUUUCUUUUGAUUUAUUGAACUAAAAAGCAUUCCGGCCCCCGGAAAUUUGUACAGUUUGUCUUUCCGCCCCUUUUUUUUUUUUUUUUGAUGCAUGACGCAAAUUCUAAAUGUGCCACAAUAACAACAAAAAAGUCAUGUCGUUAAAUGGGGUGGAAGUUGAGCCGAGUGACGGGAUGCAAUUUUCAUUUCUUCCUUCAACCUCUUCUUUUGUUCGUUUGAUUUCUUAUUGGACUUCCCAAGUCUUUAGUAAGACUACAUCUUUUGCAUCUAAAAUUAGAAACAAUGGCUUAGCAGUCAUCCUCCGUUAAAAGGCGAAGGGGAACGAAUAAGAAAAGAUUUUUUUUAAAAUCACAGACGGGAACUGAGUGACAUAGAAAUUCAUUGUAGCGGAACUGGAGUUACGGGAGUUGUCACGUCAUUUUCGUCUACUAAUAAUCGGCCGUCAUUCUUUUUUUUUUUUAUUAUUAUUAUUUUUGCUACGUUUUUUUUUAUUAUUAUUAUUCGCUUCGGUAUACAUGUAACGAGGUGGCUUUUUUUUUUCUUUCUAAUUGCUAAACCUUUCUAACCGGGAAACGGGAAACAAAUUGAUGAUGCAGUUCUGGGACUUGGUUGCAAUAUUUUCGUGCCACGCAGCAGCGGCGUUGGCUCUGUCGUACGACGUGUAUUAAAAUAUGUGACUUGUACUAAUGUUCUCAUUAAGUUUUGUUAUUGCCAGGUAUAAAGAGAGGGACCAACUGUAGGCAACUCUCUUUCCCUAUGCUUCGACAUACAUUCCAAACGCACACGAAAAAAUUGGCUAAAUGUUGAUGAUGAUAAUCGCGUUUCUAUAAAAAUGGAAACUCUUCCAUGUAUAACAAAGAACCUAUUCGUUUUAAUUCGAAAUUUAAUGAACUAAUUAUUUUUUUUUUUGAUCUUUUACGCCACUCACACUGCGUGCUGGAGAUUUCUCUAUAUCUUUUUUAUAUACAUAUUGGCCGUGAUUUGAAUUACCUGUUGUAACCCCUCUACUUGAGAAACAGAGAAACGAAGAAAAAAAAAACAUUAUUAAUAAUAAUUCUAUGUUUUUAUUUUUGGGAUCCUCAAAGUGAAAACAAAAGACGGGAAAAAAAAAUGAGUUUCCUGCUAUAGUGUUUCACGACUUGUGUGCCUCCGUCUUCUUCCAACAAAUCGGGUUAAGCAAACUUGAUUGUCUGAAGCAUUUUGUUGACGGGAUUACGGACGCGCAUUUACCGUGCGGAGUUUUGAAAAUAUACGCAGGGCAGGAAA